GCGCCCCUGUCGGCGGCGGCGGGGCGGGCGGCGGCUAUGGCGGCUGGCUCGGUGUGGAAGGGGCUGGUGGGGCUCGGCCUCUUCGCGCUCGCACACGCGGCCUUCUCGGCGGCGCAGCAUCGCUCCUACAUGAGGCUAACAGAAAAGGAAGACGAAACGUUGCCCAUAGAUAUAGUUCUUCAGACCCUGUUAGCCUUUGCAGUUACGUGCUAUGGGAUAGCACACAUCGCAGGAGAGUUUAAAGACAUGGAUGCCACUUCAGAGCUAAAAAAUAAGACGUUUGACACAUUAAGGAACCAUCCAUCUUUUUAUGUAUUUAAUCAUCGUGGUAGAGUAUUGUUCCAGUCCCCAGACACAGUGAAUUCCUCUUCAAACCAAGAUGCUUUGUCAUCCAGCUCAGCACUGAAAUUCCGGAAGCUGGAAGCUCUGCGUCGCUGAGGUUUUCCCAGCUGCUGAUGGUGAACCCAGGACACUGAGAUGUAAUAUUCAAGUCGGGGAUGUAAACACUUUUUUUUUAAUUUCUGGAGCAGUAUUUAUAUUGAUCUUCCAGACUUUAUAAAGUAUAUAUAUAUAAACUAAUGACCUUUGUACACUGAUUAAUGAGAACGACUCCAUUGUGAAUUGGCCACGCGGUGUAAAUCACUCGACAGUUAUGCUGUGAAACCCACCUUCCCAUUGCCCUCUAUUAAAUCAAGUUGCAGCUGAUUUAACUCCAGUUAAAACAAACAAAACCAGCACGCUGGUUUGCACUGCAUUUAAUGCUCUUUGACAAGAGGGAAUGGUGGAGUGCUGGCUGUUUUCUCUGCUUGCCCUGCAGUUUGUGGAAGGCCUUCAGAAAUGCUGUGUGAACAGCAGGAAAAGGGGCAGCAGCGCCUGCUCUGCGAGCCCUGCACGCUGUGGGCAGGGGAAGGCAAAGAGAUUGCUUCAUCUUUAUCUUUCUACGAUGCUGAGAAAGUUGUGUGAAGGUCUGGGGGCUUUCUAUCCAUUAUCACAUUAUUUCCUUAUUGCCUUCCUUCAGUUAAGUGUAAACUGGCCUGUGUUGCCCAAGCUGCUCAGAAUGGGGCUGUUGAUUUGGGGGAGGCAGCUCACAUCUGAUCACGCAGAUAAUCUACCAUAUAUCAUAAUAUAUACAGAUAUAUAGACACACAAGAUAAUCUCGGCUUGAUUGCCCACUGUAGUGCUCUUCUCUCUGGUGAAUACAAGGGUGUUUAUCAGACAGCUGAAUGCUUUGUUGGCACCAGAUACAAAUCCCAAGUCAUCUUCUAUGAGCUGUAUUUAAGUAUGAAUAAGAAAUUCCCAUUCUGGUUGUGGUCCAGGGGUAGGGACCAGCAGCCAGGUCUGGUUGUUGGCACUGGUACAGGUAAUCAAGUUGUGGUUCAGCCACCCCCUUCUCUGCCAACAGAGCCUUUCAGUCUGAUUUCUUUAUCCAGCUGAGCCCUUUUGUUGUUUCCUGUCUUGACUUCAUGUAGUAGGACAGAUAACACAGCCCUUAACUCUGACUGACGCCUCAAUUCUCACCUCCCCUUAGGGCUGAAUCGAUGCUACAGUCUCUCUUGGUCUGGCAUUCCACGUACCUGGCAUGGCAAAGGGACGGUAGCUCAAGAUACUGAUGGGGAAGUGAGAAUUGUGCCUGGUCUGAGGCUGUCUCCCUGCUGCUUUUUGUCUAACAUCUGGUUUUGCUUUUUAACCUGGUAAGAACUGUCAAUGGCAAAAGGCUUAACAAAAACACUGUGUAAACUGAAGCCUCUUGUUCUGACUCUGCCUGUCCUAUGGAGUGGGUGCCCCAGUGCUAGAGCAACAUUGCAGCUGCUGCUCCACAGUCACUCGAGCAUCUAGCUUUGGUUAGAAAGGGUUACUCUGCCACCUGAAAGUGGCUGAGCUGCCUGGUUACUGCCUAAGGUGUUCUGGUUGUCACAAACCAGCUGCUGUCACCAAAGGCCUCAAAAACAGCAAGUAUCAGGUGAGCUCUGCUGCAGACAGCUCUCUCCUUGGGGAAGAGGGCUGCUUGCUGCUGCCACUGCAUGGAGGAAGUGGCUGAGCCUUGGCCAGGUGACCUUGGGAGGCACAGAGGAAGGAAUCAGCUGAAGGAGAAGCAAGCAGAAGGUCAGGUACCACCAUACCAGGCUGAUGCUGAGGUUGGCAGGAGCUGUUGGCAAAGGGUCUCUUGGGGCAGGGCUCACCCUUCAUGUCUAAGAAGCCCCAUUUGUGGUACUGUAAGGCUGGGUGGACCUGUUGCUGUGGGACAGGGCGAGUGGAGAACAUCCCCUGCACCUCAGCACAGGUCCUGUUAGCUGCAUUAAGUCUCUUCUCAUGCCACGUACCUGACACUCCAGCAGCAAUGGUUCUAUCACAGAGCUGUACAAGCUAUUUUUUCUUAUGGAUCUCACAAUGCCCAAUAAAAAUGGAUACCCUUGAA